AUGCAGAUUUAUCGAAGCCGAGAAGUAGGGCAAUCAUAUUUUACCUCUGUUGGAACGACCUUAAUUGCAAUAGCACAUGCCUUGUGGCUAAUGAUUAGAAUUCGACCACAAGUGAUUCUGUGCAAUGGCCCCGGUACUUGUAUACCUCUAUGUGCAAUUGCAUUCGUUUUCAAGGUCUUGGGGAUUAGAUGGUCAUCUAUUUUCUAUGUUGAGAGUAUAGCAAGAGUCAGAAGGCUAUCUUUAAGUGGUUUGCUUCUUUACAAGUUAUGCAUGGCUGAUCAAUUAUUCGUGCAAUGGCCACAACUACAGAAGAAAUAUCCUCGAGCUCACUAUGUGGGUUGUCUCAUGUAG